UUGAAAUCAGCUCCGUGCUAAUAACAAAGUCAAGCUUAAAUUUGUUGAUAAAAUUUUCGUGUUAUAAAGACGCGAAACCAAUCUGUUCAAAUAUUCUGUGACUGGACGUUCUUCGGUGCGCUUGCUAUUUAAUCUUGCUAAUCGGUCGGAUGUGGUGUUUUUAAUUAGUUGAUUGUGAUUUGUUUGACUGCUACCACAAUUAUCAAAAAUGGCGAAAGUGAUGACAGUCCGAGGCCCGGUAGAUCCUUUGACGCUGGGGUUUACAUUAACGCAUGAACAUUUGUCGUUGGACUUUCAUCAUUUUUACGUUGCACCCCCUCCAGGACUGGAGGUUUAUGUCAAUAAAAAGAUCACGCUACAGAACGUAGGAUACGUUCGUCAGUAUCCGUACAGCUCUGCGUACAAUGUCAAUUUCGAAGACGAUGAAACUCAUGAUGCUGUGCUAAAAGAUGUAAUGCAGUACAAAGCUUGUGGCGGAAGCGCAAUUGUUGAAAACACAUCGCAUGGAAUCAAUCGUAAUUUGAAACUUCUUUACAAUAUUUCGGAAGCGUGUAAUGUGCAUAUAGUCGCCGGAACAGGACAUUACGUCCAAAUGGUCCAACCGGACUCCGUUACACAUAUGACGAUCGAAGAGUUGGGUGAUCUGUAUACAAAGGAAAUUCUAUUUGGGAUACAAGUUGAAACCAAUGCUCAUGAAACCAAUAUGAUAAAAUGUGGAAUUAUAGGCGAAGUUGGCAGCUCAUGGCCGAUCACCUCGUUCGAGAAAAAAGCAAUUCAAGCAACAGCAGAAACUCAAAGCGUUCUCAACUGUCCAGUAACCUUCCAUCCGGGACGAGAUAAAGAUGCACCGGCUGAGAUUAUUCGUUUAUACUUGGAAGCAGGAGGAAAGGCAGACAAAUGUGUUAUGUCUCAUUUGGAUCGUACAAUAUUUGAUUUUGAAGACCUGUUGGAAUUUGCAAAGCUUGGAACGUAUUGUCAGUUUGAUCUAUUUGGAACAGAAUGUUCAUACUAUCAGUUCAACAAUCUAGCAUACAUGCCAUCGGAUGAGCAACGUAUUGAAAGCAUCGUGCAUCUGCUGAAUGAAGGCUAUGAAGAUCGUAUUCUGCUGUCACAUGAUAUUCACACCAAGCAUCGACUGACCCAUUUUGGUGGACAUGGCUACUCCCACAUAUUGAACAACAUUCUAAUGCGUUUUGCUUUGCGAGGAAUCGAUAUUAAAACAGUCGACAACAUAACCAUCAAGAACCCCGCCAAGUGGUUGGAAAUGAAAAUUUGAGAGAGUAAACAAGCAGAAGAAUAAUUGUUGAUUUGCGUGUUAA